AUGUUUUCUACCAUAUCUGAAUCUAAAACCAUCACACUUCCACGGCCACGUCGUGGAUGUCAUCUUAUUACUCCAAAGAUAGUGAAGGAAAUUGGGCAAGACUUGUCAGAUUUCAAUUGUGGUCUUGCUCAUGUCUUCUUGCAACACACGAGUGCUUCUUUGACAAUCAAUGAGAAUUAUGAUCCAGAUGUUCAGGCUGAUACUGAGACUUUCUUGAACAGGAUUGUUCCUGAGGUAUCUAUGUUCUUCUUACUUGCUUCAUUAGUAUUGGCACUUUGUUGGUGUCAACUGAUCACGUUUUUUGGUUGAAUCUGUAAACGUUGA